UGAUAAUGAUGAAAAUGUAAAAACAAGUUCAAAUUCAACCAGAAACAGUGCCAAACGAUUGAAAACAAAAGAAGGUGAUACAAAUGAAUUGAAAGUUCUUUUAAAAGAGAUUAAAUAUCUCAGGAAAGAUAUAAAAAAUGUGGAGAAAAAAGUUGAGACAACGAAUAUCAAAACCACAAUCAGAGAUACCUGGCCAGACAGAAAAUUUGAGAAAUUACGUGAUCAACAUGAAUACAAUACUUUGCGGUCAAUUGGUCAGGAAUUGGAUCUAGCGCUAAAUACAACUUCUGGAACCGAAGCUUUACAAUAUGUUGAAAAUGCACGCACAAUAUCAAAAGAAAGAAUGGUUGUUUUAAAUGUUGCAAGCGAAUAUGGUUGGGACGUAGCUGCUGAAUUACCACAAUCUAAAAAUAAAACUAUGUUUGAAUAUUCAGAAGUGAUUGAAAAAGCAAAACAAUCAGCAUCGCUUAAAAAGAGUAGUAAACGGAAGUAUUUAGAAGAGAAACAGUUUUUUCGGAAUGGAAAUAAUGAGAAACAACAAAAGUGCUAUUAG